AUGGCUACCAACAAGAAACGCAAGUACGAAGAUGAACAUCGGACAUUCCUUCUUGAGUGGGAGGAAUAUUUCGCCUUCACUGAGAAAAACGGUAAGCCCCUCUGCCUCAUCUGCAAUGCAGCAAUUUCGCACCACAAGGCAAGCAAUGUUAGACGGCAUUAUGAGACCAAUCACAAAACCUUUUCUCGGGACUAUCCAGCUUCAUCUGAUUUGAGAAAAGUCAAACUGGCCCAGCUCAAAUCGCGACUUCAGAAUCAGCAGUGCUUGAUGAAGACCUUCACCAAGGAAUCUGACGAAGCAGCCGAAGCAAGCUUUGCAAUCGCGUGGAACAUUGCUCGUACCAAGCGAGCUUACUCGGAAGGAGAAUUUGUGAAGACUAACAUCUCCGACGUCGUGGCAUUGUUGGAUCCAAACAACAAGAAUCUUCAAAGGUUGGUGAACCAAGUCCCAGUUUCACGACAUUCGGUCGAAAGGCGCAUUUCACAGCUAAGCGCCGACGUCGUCGACAAGCUUCAAGAGGGCCUAAACAGCUGCAAAGCAUUCAGCUUAGCCCUUGAUGAAUCUACGGAUAUACAAGACAAGCCACAGCUUGCAAUCUUCGUCCGUUAUGUCUCAUCCGACGAAAGCGUGAGAGAAGAGCUUCUGGACAUGGUUGCCCUCAAGGAAACCACUCGCGGUGUUGACAUUAAGAAUGCAUUGUUAACAACGUUAGAGAGGCCAGGAUUGGGAGACAUUUGCUUUAGUUCCCCCAGGAACUCCCAGAUGGCGCGAUGA